GAGCGCAGGCGGCGGCGGCUGCUCCAGAACCAGCUGCAGGAGCUCAAGGGCUCGAUCCGGGUGAUGUGCCGCGUGCGGCCGACGGCGGCGGGCGAGGGCGCGGCGGUGGUGACGAUUCCGACCCCGACAGACGUGCUGGUGGCGCAGCCGGGGACGCGGGAGGGGCGGCGCUCGUUCGCCUUCGACCAGGCCUUCGGGCCCGGGUCGGGGCAGGAGGCCGUCUUUGAGGAGGUCGAGCCGUGCGUCGAGUCGGUGCUCGACGGGUUCAACGUCUGCAUCUUCGCCUACGGCCAGACUGGCUCGGGCAAGACCUUUACCAUGGAGGGGUCGUCGCGGGAGGAGGGGCUGGCGGGCAUCAACCCACGCGCGCUGCGCCGCCUCUUCGAGAUGAUCGCCGAGCGGAAGCAGCUGGCGGCGAUGGGCGGGCGCGGCGGCGGCGAGUCGGGCGGCUGGGAGUACGCUGUCUCGCUCUCCUACCUCGAGAUCUACAACGAGAACCUGCGCGACCUGCUGGGCGACGUCCCGGCGGCGCGCGCGGGCGGCGCCGCCGCCGCCCCCAAGAAGGGCAAGGAGAGGGCCUCCCUCGACAUCCGCUCCACUGGGGAGCAGGUCCAGGUGCUCGGGCUGAGCAGCCUGCAGGCAGACUUGUACUUCGCCGACGAGGUGGAGGAGGCGCUGCGCCGCGGCGGCGGCCGCCGCUCAGUCGCGGCGACAAAGUGCAACGCCUCGUCGUCACGAUCGCACCCAACCCUAGAUGCAGAGAGCUUGCAAGCUCUGCCUUCGCGGAGAGAGCGCCGCCACGCGCCACUGCACCUCGUCGACCUCGCCGGCUCGGAGCGCGUCAAAAAGUCGGACGUGUCGGGGCAGGCCACAGGCAUGCUGGAGGCUCAGGCCAUCAACAAGAGCCUCUCCGCGCUGGGCAACGUGAUGGCCAAGCUACAGGAGAAGGCGAAGCACGUGCCCUUCCGCGACUCGAAGCUGACGCAGCUGCUCGCCGACUCGCUCGGCGGCAACUCCAAGACCUUCAUGUUCGUCAAUAUCAACCCGUCUGCC